AUGGACACAACCAGCAAUCAUCCGCAUGGUAUUUCUUCGCUUGCUAUCACAGAUAGCUUACCUUCAAAUUCUCGACCUCUUACCCAAAACAAUGCCAGCUCCAUGUGUCUUGAGGAGCUUCCGUACGAUGUCAGGCAUUUAAUCCUUUUUUUGGUACCUACUAUCGCGGAUCUCUUGGCUCUUGUACGAGCUUCACCUGUUUUCUAUAGAGACUAUGCUAUCGAGCCUGAAAAAUGGCUGUAUCACUGCUUAGGGCUGGAGCUUGGACAUACGAUCAUCGAUGCCAUUUCUGUUCACUUGGCCAACACAUUCGCAUCUCGGCAACACCAUGUUUUGGACGAAACUCAGCGCACUUUGGAGGACAUGCGCCAUUUCAUCAGCACCUAUCUCUCACGCGUCUUAUCACCAAUCGACCAUAACUCUGCCCUAGCCGACAAAGCAGACAUCGUUUCCAUUGUUGCCUUCCACUGUACUGUAGUGAUGCCGUUGGUUUCCCGGUUCAUGGAAUGGACUCAGGGUAAUUUCGAGGGCUUGUCGCUGUCGGGAGGCCUUAGCCAUACGGAAAUGAAGCGCAUCCUCCGCGGCUUCUACAGAUACCAGCUGUUUUGUAAAGUCUUUGGUGUCAAGGGUCGUCCUGAGCAGCAUAUACAGCCCUAUGUAUCAGAAGAUGAGAAAUUGGAAUUGUUCCUCGGCAUAUACGAGCCCUGGGAGACAGAGGAGGUCUUGUGCGUUUACGACUUCGUCAAUGACGAAUACGACAGACUACUGGAAAAUACGUGGUGGGACGUUGUGCUAAUAGAGCCUCGUCUAUCCCCAGGAAUGUCCAUUGAUGAGGUAAACUUGGCCAAGUUUCUUGAAAGCCACGCCUCUCAACGCGACGCCUCUCAACGCGUGCAGAAUGACUGCUUGAAAGCUCAAAGUCGCGAGAUUUACAAGACGGGUCUUGGCUCUCUAGGCCUAAUCGUUCUUGUUGACAUGUUCAACGCCGCAGACCAUGAGACCUUGGUAAGCCUUGUUGCGCAACACAUCGAACUAUUGUGGGAUCCAUGGAUCGAAGAGACAGUGUCGACGCAAUGUCAAGCUCGACGACGGAACUGGGUAUUCUCAGCUCGCGACAGAGCUGAACUUGAGAGAGCGCCAAUGCCAUUCACGGGUGACAGCGAAGGGAGCCCUCCGUUGGCCUGGGUGACUAUCUGGAAAGGAACAAGCAGUAAUCGCUUCGGGCAGUGGAUACCACGUUUGUUUCGAGAAUGGGGUUAUGUCAUGUGGGAUUCUGGUCGAAUGAUCACUGCUGGUGGUAUUGCUGCGCUUGAAGAGAAGUGGGUUGAGACGUAUACUUUACCGGACAGUGAUUUUUUCGUUGACCCUAGAGAACGUGCAUAG